UUACGAGGCUGUCUGCGCGACAGAACUAUAAACAAGAAACCCCCCAAAAAAAAAAUAACCAAAAUUAAUCCGAAUUUCGUAUUCGUAAUUGAAAACUUACUCACAAAUUAUAGAGCGAGAAGAUCAAAUCAAAAAUUCAAACUUUUUUUCCCGGCAUCUUUACAACCCAAUCAUCCACUGUUCUCUCAAUUUCUUCACUUUCGCCAAUCCUACAAUUCUAGGGUUUCGAUUUUUUCAAUUCCUUGCUCAAUUGCAAAUCUGAGCAACCAUCAAUGAAGCGAAAGCGUGGAAAUAAGAAGGGUAAAAGCAAAAAACAAAAAUCUCCAAAUCUUGCAACUGAAACAGUUGAUGAUUCCCCAGAAAACGAUGUUGAAAGUGGAAACACAGAUGAGAUUUCUGGGUCGGAGUCGGAAUCUGAACCGGAACCAGUAAAAGAAAACGAAAAUGAAAAAGGAAAAGAAAAGGCAAAGGUAGAAGAAGAACCCAAAAAAUCAGUUCCAGUUAUGGAAGUGGAAACACCUGUAGAGAAGAAAGAGCAAGUGGUGAGUAUAAGGCCUGAAGGGGUUUUUCAAAGACCUCCUCCUACUGCUGUUUAUGGGCGUGUAAAGCUUAAGCUCAAAGCAGCGCCUAAAUCACCAUUAGACCCUCCUCAGAUUGCUGCUUCUUCUGAGGCUCAAAUUCAGAAUCCAGUUGUUAAUGUGGUGGAUAACAAACAAGACAAGGAGGUUUCUGUUGUAGGUGAUAAAUCGGAGGAUAAAAUUAAGAAAUCUCCUGGUAUUAAGAUAGUUGUGUCUUCGAAAAGUUCAAGUCCGCAGGACGGUAAAGAAAAUGGUGGUAAUGGUAGUGUUAGUGGUAAUGGUAAUGGGAAAUCACCAGAGGCGAAGAAGAUUGAGGAACAAGAACAGAGGUUACCUCGACGAGAGUCGAAAUUGAACAAACAAGAACUGGAGACUUCUUUAGAGGUGAUUAAGAAGAUUAUGAAAAUGGAUGCUGCUGAACCUUUCAAUGUACCUGUGAAUCCUGUUGAGCUAGGAAUACCCGAUUACUUUGAUGUCAUUGAUACACCAAUGGAUUUUGGCACUGUCCGUAGCAAUCUUGAAAGUGGAACAAAGUACAUGGAUUCUGAGGAUGUCUAUAAGGAUGUUCAGUACAUAUGGGAUAACUGCUUCAAGUAUAACAGUAAAGGCGACUAUAUUGUUGACCUGAUGAAGCGAGUGAAAAAGAACUUUAUGAAGUAUUGGGUGGCGGCAGGACUAUACACAGAACAUACUAAGAAGAUCAUGGGCGGUGAUGGCACUGCUUUGGAUGAACCAACAACUUCAGGUCAAGGAAAAAAGCUUAAGAAAGGAAAGGGAGUCAAGCGGCACAAAGAUGAUUGUCUUUGUGCAAUAUGCAUAAUGAAGCGUAAAAGACGUGAGCGUGUGGCACGCGAAGCACAAGCAAUAAUUGAUGCUGGAGGUCAAGCUGCGACACCUCCGAUAAAACUUCUGAAGACUAGGCUGCCUGAAGCAUACAAGCAACAGGAGAUUGUACGCAUUGAGAGUCCAGCGGAGGAUACUUCAUCUUAUAUGGACACUUCUCCUGAUGGAGAAGCAGAUGUCGAAAUGGAAGAUGGAGAGACGAGACAUGAUGCAAUUUUGUCACAGCACCUUAAAGAGCACAGGUCGGAGGUUGAUAGACGUGAUAAAUCUGAGAGAUCUGGUGAUAUUUCGGAGAAGUCAGCACCAAGUGAUAGAGGUGAUGUGGAGUUAUAUUCUCUUAAUGAAGCAAAAUCCGAGGAUGAAUCAGGGAGCAGACAUAACAGCGAUAAUCAUAAGCAACUGUUGCUCCAACCUGAAUCACAAUCUUCAGGAUACUUGCAACAGAGGCACGAGCUUCUGGAGUUGGAGAAGAAACGUCAGAAGCAAAGAAUGUUGGAGACUUUUCGUGAUCUCGAAAACCCAAUGGUCUUAAGGCUAUGCAGCACCCUCUUCCAAAACAACGCGCGCACUGUAUGGAGUGGAGCGAAUGCAUUGGUGCGAUGCCAGAAAUCAUCAUGGCGCCAAAGAUUACAGAUGGAUGAAACUGUUGCCUCAUUCAUGAUUCCUUCCAGUAAACGUGGAUCCUAUUCCUCUCUCAAGCGCAACAGGAGCAUAAUGUGACGCUGCGAUGAUGCCAUGUGGUGUCAUCCAUCGGCGAGUGAUGGAGAGGAACCAUGGCAUGUAGUCAGGUGUAGUAGGUGCGCCAACAACAUUGAUCGGCACACCUUGGGCUAGCAGCUCCAGUCUAUGAUCCCAACGAGCGAUGUGGCGCCCGUUGAUCUCCAUCCAGUUCGUCGUACCCUGAUUCUUGCGCGAAAUCAGGUGCAACUCGGGUUCAGUGUCGUAAAGCGGUGGAAUGCCCUGUACCAACCCAUAUUGGCGCAGUACGCGCUCUGGUAGAUGUACUUCGACAAUGUCGAAGCAUAUGUGUGGCAUAGAAGCCCUUUACGCACCUGACUGAAUCCCCGAGUGCUCGGGCACAGCUGCGUAGGCUUUGGCAGGGUACAGGUCCCACAAAAACUAUAAUAUAUGUUACGAAAACUGUAAAUGAUGAGUUAAUUAAAUUGCAAUAAUUUUAAUGAGUACUGAAAUAUCUACCUGGUUGGGUCGCAGCAGGUCUAACUGAUCCCGGUAGAAUCCUAGAUCGAUCUCGGUGUGUUUGCGCAUUCGGCGUGCAAAAUUCCACCGUGAUCCAUAUGCAACAUCUGGUGUAGGUUGUAAGAAUUUCAAGAGACAUGUAAGAAUUGAUGGAUUGAAGCUAGUCUAAUAGUGGUUUUUGUAAGGGGAAUGUCGAGUUGUUUAAGCUAGGGUUUUGAAUUUGGGGAAAAUGGAAAUGAAGGGAGCUGCUGGUGUAAUUAUGGGCGAUGUUGUACGCAGUCAGUAACUGCGAACAAGGUCAAACAAGUCAACUAACUGCGAACAACUCCUUUGCUUUUUUCACCUAUUCGCAUUUAGUAACUGCGAAACAGCCCAAAUUAUAGAUUUGAAAAUUACAUGCUUAUUUUUAAAAUAAUUUGAAACUUAACUUUUUUUGUCCAUUUUUUUGAUAAAUUAGCUUACUAAUUUCAAUUUUUCUCAAAAAUAGAUAUAAA